AUGCAUCACUUAACAAAUAUGAUUAGUUCACAAUUAUUUUAUUUACUUAUUUUCCUUACAAGAUACACGUUAUCAUCAUCCUAUAGAGAGAAUAAAAUUGUUCAGGAAUUAUUAUUAUAUCCACCGGAUUCAGCUAGACUAUAUGCACAUAUUAAUCGUGGAAGUUAUUUUGGCUAUUCUGUAGCAACAUACAUUGGACAGUCACAACCAUCAUGUUUAGUUGGUGCACCAAAAGCAAGUCAUGGUAGUAAUGUAAAUGAAUCGACUGGUGUUGUUUAUCGUCUUGAUUUGGAUCUUACAUUCCCACUUUGUUCUGUUGUACCAAUUGCAACAACUGAUGAAUUAAGAAAAGAAGUGGGUACGCCAACACCUGGAGUAUCCCAUUGGUUAGGUGGAACUGUGGCAGCUGCAAACAAUGCUGUUGAUGGAAUACAACUUGGUUGUGAUUUUCGUUAUUUAUUCAAUUCAGAUUUGUUGAAUGAAAUUCCCAACGAUCUUACAGCUAGUUCAGCUGAUCAAUUCAAAUCAUCAUCAAUAAAAUCAAAAAGUUCACUUGGAAUUGGAAAUUGUGCUUUAUAUACUGGAACAUCUAUGCAGUAUGUUUCUGUGGAUCCUUGUCAUAGUCAAGAAGAAGGUGCAUGUCUUGCUGGAUUCAGUGCAGAUGUAAAAGCAGGCAAUCAAUCCGGUGAAGCAUUAGUUGCUUUAGGAAUGCCUGGAAGUUAUUUAACUGAAGGAAAUAUUUUUCUAGGUCGUUAUCGUGGUCGUGAAUUAAUCAAUGCAAUUCGAUUGAAAAGUUCAUCGCAUGAUUUAAAACAUAAAGGGUUUGGUUUAGGCUAUGCAAUUGCUUUAGCUAAAUUAAAUAAUGAUAAUAAUCAAAAACUUAUUGGACAAUACAAACAGUCACAAUCCGAUGAUCAACAACAUUUUCAGUCGAAUAUUAAUGUCAUCACAUCUAGUCCAAUGUGGAUUGAUAAUGAAUAUCGCGGGAUUAUUAUGAUAUUAAAUCAAGCUAUGGAUUUAGGCGGAAUAACUUAUUUGAAAGAUAAAUGGAGUCAUGUUGGAAGUUAUUUUGGAUAUAGUCUUGCUGUUGCAGAUCUUGACGGAAAUGGUCUAGUUGACAUUAUUGUUGGUGCACCCUAUUUCACUCGACGUCAAAAUCAAGAAGGAUUACAAGACACAACAAAUGCAGAACAAUCUAAUCACAAUGAAGGUAUUCAAUGGUCCAAUCUUUUACCGGAUAUAGGAAGAGUUUACAUCUUUUAUGGAAAUCAUUUAAAUGUAUCUAAUUUACUUAGUGACUCUAAGCAAAGACCAGAAAUUCCAGAUUAUUUCACUCAGGAUCCAGUGAUUUUAGAAGGACCAAAGUCCCCUAAAGGUCGAUUCGGUCAUGCACUGACAAAUAUUGGUGAUGUUGACGGUGAUGGAACUGAGGAUUUAGCUGUCAGUUGUCCUUAUUGUAGUGAUCCUGAUGGACGGGCGGAUAAAGGUGCUGUAUUCAUCUAUCUAGGCAAGAAAGACUCUAUAAUGGAUACAGAACCUUUUCAGAGUAUAUGGCCUUCUGAUUUGCCUAAACUACCUGCAGUAACAAUAUGUGGUAGUACUGAUUUCAUCAGUGAUGAUAUACCAAAAGUUCCGCGUUUAUUUACAGCAUUCGGUUGGAGUUUAUCUGGCUCAUAUGAUCUAGAUGGAAAUUAUGCACCUGAUCUUGUAAUUGGGGAUUAUGGAAGUGAUCAAGUUGUAAUGCUUCGAGGACGUAACACUUUAUGGUUUGAUUCACCACUUUGGGAAUUACCAACACAACCAACAUUAUCAUGGCGAUAUAAAGAUACAUUAACUUGUGAUGAACAAUGUCAUUUUCCAAUUCAGUUAUCCGCUCGAAUUAACGGUAAACAACAUUUAUUAAAACAAAUUAAAAACUGGAAGCUCCGACUUAAUAUUGACUUGGAUUCAGAUGUUGAACAACCUGAAAAUAAACGUCUCAUUAUACAAACAACCAGAAAACAAAUGGUGUAUCAGUCAACUGUUAACGGAAUUAUUGAUAUGCUUGUGGAAUUGAAAACUGACGAAUUCAUGGAACAAAACUCUAGUCGGAUAACUUUAUUUGAUUUUGUUGUUAAACCUUUAACAUCAAAAGUUAACGCACUUUUAUGGAAACCUGUACGUAUUAAUGUAACACUAAACCCUGUACAUGAUCCAAUGUCGUUUGUUGAACAUAAAUCAAUAUCAUCAUGGAUAUUACAUCCAUUCUUGGGUAAUCGAAAUUUUCUUAGUCAUUCAAUGCAAUUUUCCAAUCCAACCUGUGGUGUUGAUAAUAUAUGCCGACCUGAUUUGCAAGUUCAGAUGACCGAUAUCUCUGAAGGUCCAACUGAUAAAUCAAUUAUUUAUUUUAGAGAACGUGUUAGUCAAAGAAAUAUUACUGUUCAUGUUAAGAAUUUAGGGGAAAAUGCUUAUUCUACUCAGUUAAAUAUGAUAUUUCCUAAUCAGUUGAGUUUUAGCAUACCUGAAGGGUUAUUAUGUCAAACGGAGACAUUGAAUAAUUUAAAACAAACUCAAAUAAUCUGUAAUUUAGAUGAUCCGUUAAGUUAUACUGGAGAUGUUCAUCAUUAUUCAUUCAACUUUCAAAUCAAUACGGCCGGAGCAUUUCGACAAUUGGAUGAACCAAUAAAUGAUCAACCAGAAAAUGUUUCCGAGUAUGAUACAUUGAGAAAACAAUAUUCACAGAAUGAUGAUAUGAAUUCAUUAUCGAAAAUGAUCAAUAAACCAAAUAAUGCAGAUGAUUAUGAAAUGAGACAGUCAUCAUCUGUAGUAUGGAUGGAAAACAACUACGACAACUAUAAUCAAAUACACACGAAACCUAUUUAUCAGUCAUAUAAUGUUAAACGAAGUAAACGUGAUACUUUUUCAAUACCUGAAGACUUAACAAUAACAGCUAAAGUGACCAGUGGAAAUACAGAUGACAAUAUGAAUAAUAAUGAAGCAAGUAUUACUUAUAAAUUAAAAUUGGCUGCUAAAGUAGAACUUUCAUCAUCUGCAUUGGAUCGUACAAUUAUUGAUUUCCGCAAUUUUUCUGUACAACCAUAUGAAAUGCAAAGAAUUCAUCCUGAAACUAUCGGUCCAGAAUUAAAACAUGUUUAUCUUGUGACAAAUGCUGGUCCAUCACCACUGGAAAGUUUUUGGGUUAAUUUAACCAUUCCUAUACAAACAAGAGACGGUGAGCAUUUAGUUUAUCUAUUAGAUCGACUAAGGUACCAAGCAGAAGAUGGUGGACCUCCACGUUUUGAAAAUAUAUCACCAGAUGUUGUCAGCGCAGAAGGUCAUGUACGUGGAUUAUGUAUAACACCUGAAUGGGCAUUAAAUCCUUUACGUUUAAAUGCAGUUCAUCGUAAUCGUGCAGAUGAAUUCGCUAAAUUACAAUCAUUAAGUCGAAGUUUUCGAUCACAUUUCUCUAUCUCAAGAUACAGACGUGCAAUGAAAUGGAAAAUAAAAAAUCAAGAAUCAUCUUACAUAAAUGAUAAACAUAAUUUCAUUGAUGAUAAUCAACCAAUUAAUUCAAAAGAUACAAUUAGAAAUGCUAGAUCAAUUUUACAUGGUGUCAGAAAACGACAACAAGAAAUUAUUAAAUGUGGAGAAAAAGUUUCUGAUUUAGGAUAUCCAGUCUGUGCAGUUAUAACAUGUCGUGUGAAUGGAUUAUCUCGUGGUGAUGCCGUGCGUAUUGUUCUACGCGGUUGGAUAUGGGCUGAUACAUUUUUCCGUUAUAAAAUAUCGGACUUUGCAAUUGUCAGUGAAGCCAAUGCUAAACUUGAAGAAACUGCUUUCGGUAUAAAAAUUGAUGGUAAUUUAACUAUACAACCGCUGGCUAUAUCACAGAAUUUUGUGUUUGAAGGUAUUAAUGUAUCUCUAUUCCGUGAAAUCCCAUUAUGGCCAUUUAUACUUGGUAGUGUAUUGGGUUUAGCAUUAUUGGCAUUAUUAAUAUUUACAAUGUGGAGAUGUGGUUUCUUUCACAGAAAACAAAUUUAUGAUAAUCAUCUUCAACAAUAUUCUCAUGAUAAUGGUAAUAAUAUUAAUAGUAAUGGAAAUGGUAUUAAUCAAAUAUUUAUUGAAUCAAGAAAAAUGUAA